AGAAAACCACAGGUAAGAAAUUGAAGGUCAUCAGUCAUCACCAUCACCAUCCUCGACCAUCAUGUGUAAAUAUAGCCUCUUAAUCCGACAAGGUUCAUCCGACCGUGCAAAUAAUAGCUGCUGAGUCCAGUUUUUCAAGUCCAGUUUCAUCGCUCUUUUUACAAGAGUAAGAAGUAAGAGAUAUGGAGGCCUCAAGCACAUUUCAUUUCAUCACAAUUGUUAUUAUUUGGUUGAUGACCGAAAGAGCUCUGGCUGCUUCAGUCUCGCCAGUAGCCACCAGCAAGGCUACAACCAGCGUCUACCGGAAUGAAAUGAUAGAUCGACUGGCCUGUCCGCCGGAUAAUGGCCAACAUGAGCCAGUCAACCGAGUGAAUACGUCGCAGCGUCUGGAAAUGUUAAGAAAGGCCAUGACUUUGUCCAAAGUCGACGCUUACAUCGUUACAGGAGACGACGAGCAUCAGACAGAACUCAUUUCUCCCGACAAAGACAGGCGGCAAUUUGUCUCCGGCUUUACGGGCAGUUCGGGGACAGCUGUCGUGACAGACAAACGAGCCGUUUUAUGGACAGACGGCCGCUACUAUCUGCAGGCCAAUCUGCAACUGGAUUGCCAGUGGACCCUCAUGCAACCCGGAGACGACAAGGUAACGGAGAUUAGCCAUUGGCUAAAGUCCGCCCUGUCACCGGGUGAUCGAGUGGCGGCCGAUCCGAAAUUGGUCAGUUUCGAUCUUUGGCUCCAAUGGCGAAACGAUCUAGCCGUCAGCGACAUUUGGCUGGAUGCUUUGCCAACCAAUCUUGUCGACGACGUCUGGAACGACGCCAAAAUCGAAAGCUCUAAUAAACCGACAUGCAGCAGCAACAGCAGCAGCAGCAACGCUAAACCAAGACCCGCUUAUGUUCACGACGUUGCCUUCGCUGGUCAAUUGUGGCAAGACAAAGUGGGUGCGGUGCGGAAGGAGUUGAUGACCCAAAAGGUCGACGCGGUGGUUGUGACGACGCUGGACGAGAUCGCCUGGUUGCUCAACGUACGUGGCUCCGAUGUAGCCAACAGCCCGCUGGUGGAGGGCUACGUCUUUUUAUCGUUGGAUCGGAUUGUGCUCUUUAUCCAGCCGGAGAAAGUCACGGGGACGAUCCGGGAGCACUUGAACAGCGACCGCUGUCAAGAGGAACCUAUUUGUGUCGAAGUCAGAGCCUACGAAGCCGUUUUCAAAGACUUGGCUGUUUUGGCACAAAAUGUCAGUUCGGUCCUCCUUCCAUCAACAUACGCCUACAGCGGUGGAGUCAGUUUCGCCAUCUACGAAACGAUUCCGGCGGACAAGAGACGGACGUCACCUUCGCCACUGAUUUUAUUGAAAGCGACGAAAAAUGCAGUUGAAGUGGAAGGAAUGAGAAACGCCCACCUGAAAGACGCCGUGGCCCUUUGUGAUUUUAUUUCACUGCUCCAAGAACAGGUGCAAGAGGGCAAGGAGCAAUGGGACGAGUUGAAAGUGGUGCACACCUUGGACGAGUAUCGCGCCCAGCAGGACUUGAAUCGAGGGCCCAGUUUCAGUACGAUCGCCGCAUUUGGACCCAACGGCGCCGUCAUCCAUUACAGGCCAUCGGUGGAAACCAAUCGGGUCAUUGACAAUUCCUCGUUUUUGCUCAUCGACUCUGGUGGCCAAUAUCUCGAUGGAACGACGGAUGUGACUCGAACGUUCCAUUUUGGACGAGCCACGCAACUCCAAAAGGAAAUUUACACUCGAGUCUUGAUGGGAGCCAUUGAUCUGGCCACACUGGUUUUUCCGGACUCGAUUGAUGACACCCGGAUCGAUGUUAUAGCUCGUCAACACCUUUACAGCGCUGGACUGGACUACCUUCACGGAACGGGCCACGGAAUCGGCUCCUUUCUGAACGUUCACGAAAGUCCAAUUCAACUGCGAAUCAACAGCAAAGAGCCGCACAAAUUCCAGCCCAAUUUCUUUUUCUCGGACGAACCGGGUUAUUACUUGGCCGACGAGUACGGAAUCCGAUUGGAAACGAUCCUGCGCGUCGUCGACCUAAACAUGACGGAGGGCGGCGGGAAUAGAUUCCUUGGCUUCGAGCCUGUGACGAUGGUUCCGUUCGAGAGCGACUUGAUUCUAGCCGACAUGAUGACCUCCAAACAAUCAAGCCAAACUAAACAAUCGACUGGAGAGAAUUGCCAUUUUUAUCUCGUAAUAUUUUGUUGGGUUUCCCAUUUUGUUUUCCCGUGUCUAGAUGAAGUGGCUGAACGAUUACCACCAACUGGUCCGGCAGAAUGUCGUCGCCGAGUUGCAACGACGACAACAACAAAACCCGCCAGGGAAAACAUCCGCCACUUCCUCCAAAACAAGCGGAUGCUUGCCCUGGCUCCUGUCCAAAACUCGUCCGCUACCCCUUUGAGAUAUUCCCCCCCAGCAUCGCAUUCGACACGCUUCUUUCUUAGAACUAUCUCAUUUUUAACCAAGUAACCGAAAAUUUCGCUUAUUACUUUUACAUUCGAUCCGCUUUUUUUUUCUUUUUGCUCAAGAAAUCCUGACGGAUGGAGUCGUUCACAUUCCCGACAUUCUCCGUUCAAGACAAUUGGUUACUCCCGAAAAUACAUCGUCUGAAUAUUUA